GGGAAAGGCUUGUUCGCCACCAAGAACAUCCACAAAGGGGAAACCGUCUUCGUGGAGAGGCCGGUGGUGUCGUCCCAGUUCCUCUGGAACGCCCUGUACAACUACCGAGCCUGUGAUCACUGCCUGCGGGCUUUGGAGACAGCAGAGGAAAACGCCCAGCGGCUGCUGGGGAAGAGCUCCUUGGUGCUGCCUCACCCAGAGCAGUGCAGCAUCCGGAAAGACCUGCACCAGCAGUGUCCCCGGUGCCAGGUGAUGUACUGCAGCGCUGAAUGCAGGCAGGCCGCUUUGGAGCAGUACCACCAGGUCCUCUGCCUUGGCCCGUCCCGUGAUGACCCCACACAUCCCCUCAACAAGCUGCAGGAAGCAUGGAGGAACAUGCAUUAUCCACCGGAGACUUCCAGCAUCAUGCUGAUGGCCCGGAUGGUUGCCACCAUCAAACAGGCUAAAGACAAGGAGUGGUGGAUCAAGGCCUUCUCCCAGUUCUGCAGUAAGACAGCGAACGAAGAAGAGGAGAUUGUGCACAAGCUGCUGGGGGACAAAUUUAAGGGCCAGCUGGAGCUGCUGCGGUUGCUCUUCACCGAAGCCCUUUAUGACGAACAUCUCAGCAGGUGGUUCACUCCAGACGGCUUUCGAUCCCUCUUUGCCCUCGUUGGGACCAAUGGCCAAGGCAUAGGAACAAGCUCUCUGAGCCAGUGGGUGCAUGCUUGCGAUGCGCUGGAUCUCCCCAUGCUGCAGCGGGAGGAGCUGGAUGCCUUCAUCGACCAACUCUACAAGGACAUCGAGAAGGAGUCGGGAGAGUUCCUCAACUGCGAGGGAUCGGGUCUCUACGUGCUCCAGAGCUGCUGUAACCACAGCUGCAUCCCCAAUGCCGAGACAUCGUUCCCAGAAAACAACUUCCUGCUGCAUCUGACUGCUCUGGAGGACAUUGAAGCAGGAGAGGAAAUCUGCAUCAGUUAUUUAGACUGCUGUCAGAGGGAGCGGAGCAGACACAGCCGCAACAAGAUACUCAGGGAGAACUACUUGUUUACCUGCUCGUGUCCCAAGUGCCUAGCGCAAGCUGACGAUGCUGACGUGACGUCGGACGAAGAGGAGGAAGGCGAAGGGGAGACGGAUGAUGCUGAGCUGGAGGAUGAGAUGACUGACGUUUGAUCCUCGCGCCGGGCGAGAGGAGAGGGAAGGGCCGGGGAGUUCCUCCGAGAGGCAGCGGCUUUAAUACUAGAAACAGGGUUGUGUUGUGGGGUCGGGUGGGAGGCCACGUGCCGGUGGCGGGUGCGGAGGUCUGGCGGAGCGGGGCAGAGGGAGAGCCGGAGGCAGGCCCUGCU